AUGGCAGCCGUAUUUGCAAUGCAGGGAUUUGCUUCAAUUUUCGUCGCAGUGAUAACACUCGACGCGGCAAAAAAUGACAUAUAUGGACACAAAAAUGUUCACAGUAAAACACCACGAUACAGAAUCGAGGUUGAACAAUACAGAGGUGACCUAAACGAACUGCCACGUAGCUCGUAG